UUUAAGGAUAUCAUCUUCCCUUCUGGUGGAGCUGGUUAUGUUUUAUCGAGGGCAGCAAUGAAGUUGGUGACAGAGGGCAUGAUAAGGGGCAUCAAAUCUUGCUCUGCUUCCUUGUUACCAGAGGACAUAAGAAUCAGUUACUGCGCUCGUGAUACUGGAGUAGAAUGGAUUGACAGUCUUGACGAAAGUGGACUCGAAACAUUUCAUCCCUUUGAAGUGGAACAUCUUAUUAGUGAAGAGGCUAUGGAGUCCACUCCGUGGAUUCACAGGAGAAACUAUCACCCUUUGCGAACGAUUCAGAACCAACAGACCUUCUAA